UAAAUGGCGCAGGGUCAGGGUAAGUGGGCUAAGCUAGCGUUAGCUCCCAGCUAGCCUCGGUGUUGCUGAGCAAACAGCUGUGUCUGAUCUCUGGGCUCCACGGGAAUUACGACCCCGCUGAAAGCUGCUCGGUAAUCGGCUCCGUGGCGAUGCAGGCUCGACGUCCACCUCCAGAUGAUUCCGGGAUCCGCUGGGUUUUUCUGCCAUGUCUUGAUCUUUUUUUUUUUACCCCCUCUCUGCUCCUCCAUAUGUGGGUUUGUACUAAUGUGCACUCGUAGCAACUAAACUUGUUCUACAUGAUUAAACCCAGUGUGGAGACGGGCGUGUGAAUUCAUCCUAAUUGACAUUUAACUUGCUAAAUAAUGAAAUGUGAUCUUGACUGAGUGUAUUUUUGGAGCAGAUUGUCAAAUCUUUAGCUCUAUAUUCCUGUUACUACUGUAACUAAAGGAAAAUAUUACAAGAAAUGCUUGGAUGUUUCUCGUAUUAUAACGUUUAAUGUAUUUUGACCUGAUUAACAAUAUUUCUUUGAUAUUAGCCUGUAUCUGUUACUGCUCUGUUUCACAGGCCUCCAUUUAUGGUCUUCAGCUGUGAGCCUAUUGCUCCCAAAUGGAUGAUGAUGAUCGCGCCAGCCGGCGACGCCUGGAUCAGUCACCCAUGCCGACAGGAACCGUCUCCCGGCCCUGCAGGAGCACCAUCUCCAGCGGGCCAUCUCGGCGCAGCAGGUGUACGGCGAGAAGCGGGACAACAUGGUUAUCCCGGUCCCAGAGGCAGAGUGCAACAUCACGCACUACGAGUCCCUCUACCCCGGGGAGUUCAAGAUGCCAAAGCAGCUUAUUCACAUACAGCCUUUCAGUUUGGAUACAGAACAGCCAGACUACGACCUAGAUUCAGAGGAUGAGACGUUUGUGAAUAAGCUGAAGAAGAAGAUGGAAAUCACCGCCCUGCAGUUUGAAGAAAUGAUUGACCGGCUAGAGAAAGGCAGUGGACAACAGCUCGUAACCCUGCAGGAAGCCAAACUACUGCUGAAGGAGGACGACGAGCUGAUCAAGGAGGUUUUUGACUACUGGAGCCGCAAGAGGAAAGUCUGCAAGGGUGGCUCCCUUAUCCCCAAUGUCAAACAGGAGAAGAGGGAUGGCUCUAGCACCAGCGACCCCUAUGUGGCCUUCCGCCGACGCACAGAGAAGAUGCAGACCAGAAAGAACCGAAAGAAUGACGAGGCAUCGUACGAGAAGAUGCUGAAGCUGCGCCGAGACCUGAGCCGAGCUGUCACCAUCCUGGAGAUGAUCAAGAGGCGAGAAAAGAGCAAGAGGGAACUGCUGCACCUCACACUGGAGAUUGUGGAGAAGAGGAAUGUCAUGCCAGACUUUGGCAGUGAGGUGAUGGCAGAGGCUCUGGCGCAGCGGGCUCUCGUGAAGCCUGUCUACACCAUCCCCAUCAUUCCCCUGUCCAACAGUAACCAGUACAGACAUCAGGACCACUUGGACAUGAAGGACUACAAGAAGCCGGAGAAGACAGAGGCCGUACGAACCAAGAGGAAAUAUGAAAAGAAACCCAAGAUCCCUCCUCUUUCCACACCGCAACAUUCAGGGCCCUCUGUGUUCAAUCCCAAGGACCUCAAUCAGUACGAUUUCCCCAGCUCAGACGAAGAACCAUUCUCACAGAUCCAUUCAGGUUCCUCGGAGGCAGAAGAGGAGAAUGACCCAGAUGGCUGCUACGCGUUCAGGAGGAAGGCCGGCUGUCAGUACUACGCUUCUCGUCCAGUCAAGACCGGCAACUGGCCCUGGGUAAGCCCGUCAGAGGGCGGGCUCGGUGACCCACGCUUCCGCUUCUGUCUAACGUCGCUUAACACGCCGCGGCGCUGCAUAGGUUUAGCACGGCGCCGUUCGGGCAGAGGGGGCAGGGUUUUGUUGGACCGAGCGCACACAGAUCUAGACAACAUCUGUCAGAGCCUGGACUCUGACCCGGAGCCAGAACCACUCACCUCACCACUUCCAAGCUCUCCGCUCCGCAACUCUAACGCCAGUACCUCAGAAACCAAUACCUCGGACCCAGCCAGCUCCUCCCACCUUCCCACCUCUUCAUCGCCCCGGACGUCUCCGUUAUCAUCAUCAUCAACACCAAUGGACCUCAGCCAGAUUCUUUUGAACAUUAAAUCUAGCCGCUGGAGGCACUUCAGACCACGGACGCUAUCCAAUCACCCCUUGGGUGGAGGAGACUUGUCUCGCAGAGGAUUUAGGGAUUGUAGCCGGACAGUGUCAGGACUAACCAGGACCUUGUCUGGAGGAUCCAGCUCCCAGAACCGCACCGGCUCUGCUCCCACCCCAGUCAAUGUGUUCACGGCUGAGCAGUACCAGCAGCACCAGGAGCAGCUGGCCCUCAUGCAGAAACAGCAGCUGGAGCAGAGUCAAAAGCAGCAACAAGCCAACAACCCUGCAACAGCCACCAAGACACAGGCACUUGUGUCCAAGACGUUGGACCAGGCCAGCGCCCAGUUCGCUGCUUCAGCCCUCAUCACCACGGACCAGCUGCUGGCCUUCAAGUCCAAAGAGGAGCUGGUGCUGGCGAGUGGAGUCAACGGGGUCCUGGCAGGCGCAGGCGUUUUCAAAGGUUUGCACCUCUCCAGCACAACUGCAGCCCUUCACCAGACCAACCAGUCGACACACAGCGCCACCUCCGCGGCCCAGACUUUCCUCCAGCCCUCUGCUAACUCGGCCACGCCGUCGCCAGCCAACGCCGUCCCCACCUCCCUCACCUCCACCCCCAGCGCCCAUGCAGCGGCGGCGCUCGGGCUCCUGGGGUGCAGCGCUGCCAACGCCACCCCCGCCACCACUCAGGUCCUCAUCGGGAACAACAUCUGUGUGAGCGUGCCGUCGGCCGCCAGCCUGGCCGGACGCCACAUCCCCCGGACCCUCGGCAACGUGCCGCCCUCUGCCUUAAAGCUGUCCGCCGCCACCAACCUGCAGAUGCCCAAAGUCUCCGGAGCAUCGUCCAUGGACAUGGGCUCAAGGGAUAAUCAUGACGAAGACAAGCCAGCACUGAACAGUAUAGCAGACAACACAGUGGCCAUGGAGGUGACGUAGUAGCGGUGCAGUGAGGAGUCCACUCUUUAGGUGCUGUGCAUCGUAGCAUCGGGAAUGCAAAGGGACGGCAGGACUCUGAUGCAGACUGACAGGACGACGGGCGACUGCGGCCGCUCGCUUGCAAUCUCAUCUCUCAUACUUUUUAAACUUUUUUUGUUUUUUUGUUACUGUUAAAAGUAAAAGAUUGAAAUCUGUAAAUUAUGAAUAUGGCAAAAAUUAUGAUCUGUACAGUAACUACAUAUUUGUAAUAUCCCCUGUAUAUAUAUUACUUGAAUACAGAACUGUCCAUUUGUGAUGUUUUGCACUUGGGAGUCAAACUUAAAGGAAAAAAAAUACGAGCCAAGUAUCUUGUGGCGAGUGUGAGAGAUGUGGGAGUUGUAUAGAGAGGAGUUUUAUCACAUGUGCAUGGUGCGGAGCCUGCUGUUUUUAUCUAUUUAUUGUGCUGUGUUUACAGUUUUUUUGUUUUUUGGUUUGUUUUUGUUUUUUUUAUUUGUACACUGUACCUUUGUUGGUUCAUGUGCUGUAGUAAAUGUUAGGUAGCUACGGACUCCUGGGUAUUUUUGUAUAUUGUGAACACAAAGCAGGUCCCUCCCCCUUCACACAAACACACACAUACACGUUUACUUUGGGUCCCUGUGCUUCUCUCUGUCAAUCAUGUGAAAAUCAAUGGUGACAUACAUACAGACCAGGAGAGCCAGGAGGAGGAGGAAGAAGAGGAGGUGGUGUGACUGUGGGAGUUUUCAUCAGCAUUGUCCCAACCACAAGUAACAAAACAGGGAUGAAGUCUCUUCCCAGAAGCCUUUGCUGCUUCUGAUUAAAGCACUAUUUUUUUUGUCGUGAUGUUUUUGUUCAUGGUUUUUGAUAAAUAUCCUAAUGCUGCUUUUGUAUUUUGUUUUCAAGGGGUCGUCCUUUUCAUGCAAGCAGAGUCUCCCCCUUUUUUCUAUUUGUUUUAUCCCACAAACGUUUUUGUAAAACAAAAAAAUGAGUUAUUUUUGUAAGUUUUUUUUUCUCGUUCUUGUGGUAAACUUGAUUGUAAGCUAUUUGUUUAUUGAAAGACUUCAUUCAUUUGUUGAUUUGUUACUUGUUCAUGCAUAGGUGAUAAGGGAGGUGAAUGGGCAGUGAUCGCUGUACGUGUUUCAUCAUUCCAGUUUUUAAAAACAAAAAAUGCUAAUGACGGGGGACGGGGGGGCUGUGAGAGAACGACAAUUUUCUCUCCUCUCUUUCCCCUUUUUCUUUCUUCUAUUUUAAUUUUUUUUUCUUUGAAAAAAGAAUCUCCAGACGGCUGCAAGGCCAAAAACCACAAGUAUUGGGUGCCUUCCUUUGGGGAAUUUAAUGUUCUCUCUUCUGUGAAGAGCUAGGCACAAAGGCAGCAUUACUUAGUAGUGCUUCUCGUCUUUGUCAGAAUCUGAAUGCCCAGUCCAAUGGCAGGAUAUAUCCUUGAGGUUUACUUGUCCCACCUGGAGGCUGAAAAGACUAAAAAAAUGUGACAGAACUCUCACUAAAAUAAGACAAUAAAGCCCAGGGCAUUAAAUGUGAA